UUAUUUAAAAUUCCAUUGGUUUUAUUUUGGGUUCGGGGAUUUAAACCAUAGUCAGAAAUAGCAGAAUGAUCCAGUAGUUAUACCUUUCACUGAUUGUAAAGGAAGCAAUGUCUAAGUAGGGUAGACAAAUAAGUGCUUUGUUAUGUUACCCAAAGAACCACAAAAAAAUAUCAGAAGUAGAAAUACGUUUGCAUGAUAUUUAACUUUCCGGCUCUUAACAGGUGCAGAAUUCUCAGGCCAGAGAAGCCUAAUCAGAGCUUUCUGGAGAAAACAGAAAGGCGAGGAUACUCAUUGAGUGAGGUACUAGAAGAUUUUUCAGAAGACUAGAGAAAAGGGAGUGCUGCAACAUUUAUCUAAGAUUUGUUUAUUUUGCUUGACUCUAACAACCCUUCUAUUUAAGGUCAGCGAUGGGCAGUUUGUUCCUAGUGCAGCAGGCAAUAGGUUGGUGUCGUGUUCGACUGCCUGUGAUUGUAACUAAGAGAUUCUGCACCAUGUCUUCUCAAAAACAUUGGAUGCCUCCUCCUGCAUCUCUACUACAGCCAUUAUCUGUUCCAAACAGAUUAUUACUAGGACCUGGGCCUUCCAAUUCUCCUCCACGGGUCUUGUCUGCAGGUAGCCGACAGCUCAUAGGACAUCUACACAAAGAGUUGAUUCAGAUAAUGGAUGAUAUUAAGGUGGGAAUCCAGUACAUAUUCCAGACCCAGAACCCUCUCACACUGGCUAUCAGUGGUACAGGCCACUGUGCAAUGGAAGCCGCCUUCCUGAAUUUGGUGGAACAGGGAGACAAAGUCUUAGUUGCUGUGAAUGGAAUUUGGGGAGAACGAGCAACUGACAUUGCAAGCAGACUUGGAGCUGAAGUACAUCAAUUGGUAAAGGCUCCUGGAGAAUAUUUUACUUUAGAAGAAAUAGAAAGGGGCUUGAUACAGCAUUCUCCCUUUUUAUUUUUCAUCACACAUGGAGAAUCAUCUACUGGAGUAGUUCAGCCACUGGAUGGCCUGGGAGACCUCUGUCACAGAUAUAAUUGCUUACUACUGGUAGAUGCUGUGGCAUCAUUAGGUGGCACUCCAAUACUUAUGGACCAGCAAGGUAUUGACAUUCUGUAUUCUGGCUCCCAGAAAGUUUUAAGUGCACCACCUGGUGCUUCUCCCAUUUCUUUCAGCAACAGAGCCAG